AUGUCAUCAUCUCCCACAUUAUUGCUCUCCAUGAUCCUAACUCUCUCCUCUCUCCUUCUCCCUUCCUUCAUUUCCUCCUCCCCGGUCCACGACCCCGAACUCGUCGUACAGGAAGUACACCGGGCAAUAAAUGCGUCGAGGAGGAAGCUAGGGUACCUGUCGUGCGGAACCGGGAACCCGAUCGACGACUGCUGGCGGUGCGACCCGAACUGGGAGAAGAACCGCCAGCGUCUCGCCGACUGCGCCAUCGGGUUCGGCAAAAACGCCAUCGGCGGCAGGGACGGCAAGAUCUACACCGUCACCGACCCGAGCGACGACGACGCCGUGAACCCGAAACCGGGGACCCUCCGCCACGCCGUGAUCCAGGACGCGCCGCUGUGGAUCAUCUUCGCGCGUGACAUGACCAUCCGGCUCAAGGAGGAGCUGAUCAUGAACUCGUUCAAGACAAUCGACGGCCGAGGGGCGAGCGUCCACGUGGCGGGCGGGCCGUGCAUCACGGUGCAGUACGUGACGAAUGUGAUCAUCCACGGGAUCAGCAUCCACGACUGCAAGCAAGGCGGGAACGCUUACGUGCGGGACUCCCCACGGCACUACGGGUGGAGGACGGUGUCGGACGGCGACGGCGUCUCGAUCUUCGGCGGGAGCCACGUGUGGGUGGAUCACUGCUCGCUGUCCAACUGCAGGGACGGGCUGAUCGAUGCGAUCCACGGGUCCACGGCGAUUACCAUAUCGAACAAUUACAUGACCCACCACGACAAGGUCAUGUUGCUGGGCCACAGCGAUGGUUAUACGCAGGAUAAGAACAUGCAGGUCACCAUCGCGUUUAAUCACUUUGGUGAAGGUCUCGUUCAGAGAAUGCCUAGGUGUAGGCAUGGUUACUUCCAUGUGGUGAACAAUGACUACACACAUUGGGAAAUGUAUGCCAUUGGAGGGAGUGCUAAUCCGACCAUCAACAGCCAAGGGAACCGGUUCGUUGCUCCUAAUGAUAGGUUCAGCAAAGAGGUGACGAAAUACGAGGAGGCACCGGAGAGCGAGUGGAGGCAUUGGAAUUGGAGGUCGGAGGGGGACUUGAUGCUGAACGGGGCGUUCUUCACGGCGUCAGGAGCCGGGGCGUCGUCGAGCUAUUCCAAGGCGUCGAGUCUAGGGGCAAGGCCGUCUUCGCUUGUGGGUUCGAUUACGGUGGGCGCGGGUGCACUCACCUGCAGAAAGGGCUCACGUUGCUAG